CUUUAGUCACCCUUUUCAGCUCGUACUGGCAAGACCUGGGAGACCUGGGAGUACGGGCCUGCGCGUCUAGGUGUCAUCUCGUGCUCUACCCAACAGCAAACGGCUUGUAAUGCCGGCUUCUUAUCAGUGAUUUACAGCACCCCAACCGAACGCGCGCACACACACACUCCAUGCUCUCUCGAGGGCAUGAUAUUACGUCCAGUGUCACGGGAACGAACACCCCAGAUUGGGGUUGAGUGUGAUAGGAAAAAGGGCCAGUAGGUGGAUAAGAUACAAUUAGUACGAAAGUGUUGUAAGCGGUAUUAACAGGAAGUAGUCCGAAAUCACGAUCAUCAGUGUGAUCUUGCGUGUGAAGAACAACUUCUUGCCAAUUCUGCUUGUCAGUGGCAACAAGACAUCAUCAGAAAGCGGCAUUGGAAUAACUCUUCUUUACUCUUCCGCCGCGAAACCGAUGCGGGCCAAUGCGCCGCCCAGUCUUACCACCACCCCAUUAUCAGUCAUCUUAGAACUCGUGCAUUGCAUGAUCGCGCGCGUCAAGCGUAAGGAUUGGAAAGGGAGAGAGAUUGAUAAAGAGCGCAAUCCGCGCUUUUUUAUGCAUCCUGAGCUACUCCCCUCACUUCAGUGAAUUAGUCGUUUUUUGGUUGACUGUGCCUCCAACUAUAAGGCUUUUUUUCGGGAGUGGCCGACACAAGUGAUAACCAGUGAGUCUUGUGCUGUGUGCUUCAAGCGUCAUCUUGAUCAUCAUUCCAUCAAAAUGUCCAAGACGACCCCGAGCACCAGUAGUGCCAGUGCGUCCAACCAAGUUAGUUGAUUUGUCACCAUUUGUCGUCGGAUUGGUUCGAAACUUCGGAGAUGGCAGACCCAACGAUACAGACGUUCUGCUGCCACAACCGGAUACGAUCACCGCCCGCCAUCAAGCUGAUGUCCGAAUUCGAUACGGACGGGUACAUCGUGGUGUGCUUGGUAUCGUCCAUAUUCGGAAUAGCCGGUGCCGUCUAUCAGAUCUGGAUCCGACACGAGGACGGACCCAGCCAUCAUGCCGUCCGGCGAAGACGGGGCGGUGAGCUGACCCUAUCGAGCCAAAAUUUGGGCCGCCAGAUCAUCGUAUGGUUGGCGGUGGCUGAUCUCUGUGCCUCGUUGGGUGUCUUCCUGCGUUCAGCACUGUGGAAGUACAUCAAGGAUGUCCUUCCUCCGGACAGCGAUGUGGACGACACUACCAACGUGAUCUUCUGCGCAGUUUCGUCCGCCUGGAUACAGUACUUUUACAUGUGCACCUGGCUGUGGACACUCUGCUAUGCGAUCAAUGUACGGAGACAGCUUAGUGGGGCACGGUACGCACUGCGAACGUACCACUACUAUGUGUGGAACAUAUCGGCACUGCUAACCGGGAUUGGGCUGACCGUACUCUACGUACCGGAUGCAGACUGCCACAAUGUUCACGACAUGACAACGGCGUACAUGCGCAUCCUUCCCAACUACGUGAUGACGUACGGUCCGAUGAUUGCCGUGAUGGUUGCCAACCCCAUCCUCUACUAUCAAGCAUCGCGGGAGGUAGAUCGGCAGCUGCUCGCCCGCUUCAGCCAAAUGUCCAACACGGAGCGAGACUUGAUGACCAAGUUUAAGCUUAAGUUCUCGCUCAUCAAUCUCGUGUUCUACAUCUGCUGGUUGCCGAAUCUGGUGAACGGCAUUGUGCUGUGGACGAUGUGGUACAGCUUGCCCUUCCCGAUGGUGAUCACCGUGUGGUACAUUAUGGCCAUCACGAACCCUCUGCAGGCGUUCUUCAACUCGCUCGUCUACCAGAGAUGGAACUGUCGGUGGCGGUUGCGGCGUCAGGCGAGCACUGAUUCUAGUGCGGAGCUUCGGCGCCGCAAUCGUACCUCGAUGGUCUGUAACGAAGGUACACCGUUACUGCAGGCAAAAACUGAAUCGCCAUCCGCAUCGAACCUGCACCUGAAUCAACCAUCGGUCGACUUAAACCCAAAACCGACCCGCAGCAUCAACGCCUGCACGCUCGUGUGACGCCGUGUUUGCUACUUGUUAAACACAACUAAUGGAAAGCAAGCUAACUUCCACCGCUAUUAUGGAUCGACUGGGAGUAGCAGCGGUUUUAUGCAUCUGCUGUGGCGUCACUGGUUGCAGCGGGAAGGCAUCAGCACACUGGAACACACUGAUCUUGCUGUCGACGGGAAGUUCGCACUGUUCCCCGGCGCUAGGAUGUUUUAUCUUAAGGAACUAGUUUAGUUUAGGGCCAAGACUCGCGUAGUGAGCUAUUACGGUAGUUUUAUAAUUUACUCGCAAAUCUCUACACUUCACAACUAUUCGGUAGAACCGAUAAUUAAAUAGGCUGCAAAAAGGCCAUAAGCUCAAGUUUAGGUGUACGAGAUUGCAUACUAUUUAAAAAAAAAACAAGCACGCACUUAAAGGCCCCUUACACGGACCAAAUAAAAUCGAAAACAAUCGGCUUUACGCUAAUACAAGAGC